AGAUCGGUCCCUAUUCAAUUACUGCGCGGUUUUUUUCCCCUACUGGAUUGUCGUAUGUUGAUGACGUCGAGGUAAUGGCCGCUCUCGCUGUGGCGUGAGGACUGUUAUAUUUUCUCUACCAUAGCUGUUAAAUAAACCCCUAAAAUAUUUAUUGUAGACUAACAAAAAAAAAAAGAACAUCAGCAGGAGAGGGCAGUUCUUAACGCAGCAGUGCUGUCUUUGAAGAGCUCCGGGUCGGCAAGAAUAUUCUCUAAUGGAUACUCCUGAAAGCCCUACCCAGUCCCCUCAGUCUCCUGAGGAGGAGGAGAAGGGCCUUUCUGACAGUGAGCUGCUGGAUUCUCCUGAUGAAGAGGAGGACGGGGUCAUCUCUGACAGUGAGAUACUCCAUGAGGAGGAGAAUGGGGAGCUUGUUGAGGAGGAGGAAGAGGUGUUGUGGAGCCAAAGAAGAGAUUCGAAAUUAGAAGAGGAUGGAGAAGAAGACAAUGAGGUGGUGCCCGACUUUGUCUCUGACCCAGAGGAUGAGGAGCCUGUAGGAGAAACAGAAGGGAUGGGACAGGAGGAUGGGACCAUUUUGCUGAUGGAUGGGGACGAAGAUGGGCCGCAGGGGGAACAGUUGGAUGGGGAGGACGAGAAGGAAGGAGAGGAGCAAGAGGAUGGAGUCAUUGACACCCCACAGUCUCCAGACUCAGAACAGGGCAAGAGCUUCAUUCCUGAAGAGGAUGGAGAAGACGGGGAAGAAGAAUACAGUGACCACAGAAAGAACAGCUAUGCAGAUUGGGAGACAGCUGAGGUGGAUGAUGAUGAGGGAGAAGAAGACAAAAUCAAGGCUGAGGAGGAAGAAGGGAUGAGAGCAGAGGAGAGGAGGAGAGCUGUCGUGGUGAGGGAGAUGAAGAUGAAGGAUGACCCGGUGUCUGUUUCCCGGGAGCUGGACGAGCAUGAGCUGGAUUAUGACGAGGAGGUCCCAGAGGAACCCAGUAUCCCUGCACACGAAGAAGAGGAAGAUGAUGAAGACAUAAAAGCGGAGGGAGAAGAAGAGGAGGAGACUGAGGACAAGAGCAAUAAGAGGAAGGAAAAGAAACCCAUCCUUCCCCCGUCUCCUAAAGACAGUGAUUUCAAGAGGUCGGGUGACUCCAAAGGGCCUGAGAGGAUGCGCAGAGAUUCCUUCAGAGACAAGAAGAAGGAUGAGGAUGAUGGAGAGAUUGAUGAAGGAGAGAUUGAUGACGAUGACUUGGAGGAGGGGGAGGUCAAAGAUCCCUCGGACAGGAAGAUCAGACCACGUCCCAUCUGCAGGUUCUUCAUCAAAGGAAAUUGCACUUGGGGUAUGAACUGUAGGUUCAUCCACCCCGGAGUAAAUGACAAAGGUAACUAUUCCCUCAUCAGUAAGCCGGACCUCUUCUCACCCAACGGAGCCCCUCCUGGAGGACCUCACCCACUCAUACCCAAUAACCCUUGGGCUGGACCUGCAGUUGAGGAGCUUCCUCCACCUCCUCCUCCAGUGGAGCCUCCUGUGGAAAGUGCCUGGGAGCGAGGCCUAAGGCAUGCCAAAGAGGUGCUGAAAAAGGCCACCAUCCGUAAGGAGCAGGAGCCAGACUUUGAGGAGAAGCGUUUCAACGUGACCAUCGGAGAGGACGAGAGAGAGUUUGACAAAGAGAAUGACUUCUUCAGAGAACGCAGCUACCGCAUCAUCAGAGAUGAAAUGGACUUUAGAGAUCCUGUUUAUAGUGACCCAUACGCUGAUCCAUACUAUGACUAUGAAAUGGAGGCCCUCUGGCGAGGUGGCCAGUAUGAAAACUUCAGAGUGCAGUACACAGAAGCUCCGCUUCCUUACCACUACAGUGAGCGUGAACGCGACCGGGAUCCUCGGGAGCGGCCCCGGGACCGAGAGCGGGAGAGGGAUCACCGGGAGAGGGAACGCCGGCAGAGAGAGAGGGAGAGAGAGCGGGAGCGCGAGAAGGAGAGGAUGCGGCGCAAGGAGGAGUGGGAGAGGGACCGGAUGAAGCGUGAUGAGAAGGAGAGGCCGAGGAUGCGUCCUCCUCGAGACCCCAGGGAGAAAAAAGACGAAGACAAACUGAAACCACACUCUCCUCUCAGCCUGACCCCAAACAGGCCGAUGGAGCCUCCCUCCAAGAAAGAGGUUGUUCCCGUUAUGAGGCGACCAGAUGAGUGGAAGGAUCCCUGGCGCCGGUCCAAAUCCCCCAGGAGACGCCCUGGGCUGGGAUCCCCGCCGCGAGGACGCCGCAGACAUCGGCCCUCGGGCUCCUCCGUGUCUCUGUCCAAUUCCUCCAGGUCUUCGUCUCGCUCUUCAUCCUUUACAGGUUCUGGCUCAUCUCGCUCCCGCAGCCGCUCCUCCUCCUUCAGCUCCUACUCCAGCCACUCCUCCCAGCGCAGCUCCUUCAGUGGCAGCCGCUCUAG